AGAUGAUGCAACAAAUUACCUCCUCGUGCUCCUCCUCCGUCUUCCGAGUGCUCGGUUUUCUUUUGCCGUUUGCUUGGCUAGGGUUUCCACGGGCCUCGCCCUUGCUCCUUCUUGCUCGCCGUCAACGUUACCCCGAUCAAUCCAUAGGGCUUCUUCUGUUCUUGGCUGUUUCUUUAGUGGGUUUCCUCGAUUAGGGCGUCGCUCUCCCUCGAAAUGGCGUCUCCUCGGCACUUCCUCUGACCAGUCUUUGGUGGAUUUCUUUGGCUGCUUCUUCGUGGUUCGGUUCCUUCUUUUCGGAACCUAGCUCUUGGCAACGAUUCCAUCCUGGUUCUUACCUUGCGGGCUCGUUCUUCCGCUCCGUUGGUGGAAAUUUGGGAUCUUGGUCUCUCUGGUCCGGAUUUCGCGAACAUUUUCUAUGGAUUACGGUGGUGGAACUUCGUAUACCGGAAGCAAUGCCAUCGCGAUCAUUCCGGACGCGUCUGGGCCUCCCGGCCGCGAUUCCUGGCUCCCAGGAGGGAGUGACCAGCUCCUGUGGGCGACCGAUGAGGAUUACCGUGCUUGGAGCGGAGACGCGUCCGCCGAUGCUGGCUUCAACUCUGCCUACGACGGCCGCCAAUCCCAGUCCCGGGCGGGCAGCGAGCAGCCUCCCGGCAAGAGAUCUCGGAACUCCCAAGGGGACUCUCAGGGUAAUAAUAGGUCCACCAGCUCCAAAGCCAUUGGGAAAAUGUUCUUCAAGACCAAGCUGUGCUGCAAAUUCCGUGCAGGGACUUGCCCAUACAUCACGAACUGUAAUUUUGCUCAUGGGAUUGAGGAGCUCCGCAAGCCGCCUCCAAACUGGCAGGAGAUUGUGGCAGCUCACGAGGAGGGCUCCGAGGCCAGAGAGGAGCGUCAGAUACCAACGAUGAGCUCGUCGAUCGUGAUUGGGGAUUCCGAAAGAUCCUAUAAAGGAAGGCGGUGUAAGAAGUUCUACACGGAAGAGGGGUGCCCAUAUGGGGAUACCUGCACUUUCAUCCAUGAUGAGCAAUCUAAGGCUCGGGAGAGCGUGGCGAUCAGUCUGUCACCCACAGUUGGAGGUAGUGGAUAUGGGGGUGGAGCGAAUGGGUCGACUCAGAAGCCUUCGAACUGGAAGACGAGGAUAUGUAACAAGUGGGAGAUGACGGGGUAUUGCCCAUUUGGCAGCAAGUGCCACUUUGCUCAUGGUGCAGCAGAACUUCACAGAUACGGUGGGGGUCUUAUGGAGACAGAAGGUAGAGAUGUCUCCUCGGCCACUCCAGAUUCAAAGCAAGCAGGGACAUUGACAAAGGCUCCAUCAGAUGCUUCUGUUGCUUCAAGCAUCUCGGUUCCUCAUGCAGAUAUGUAUCAUAUUGGUGUUCCUUCGCAGAGGUCUGCUGGUUCCAUACAGAGGCAGGGACAGAGGUCAGUUGAGAAGUGGAAGGGCCCGGACAAAAUUAGUAAGAUUUAUGGUGACUGGAUUGAUGACAUUGAGUAGAACCUUGAAUGCAGAAGCACCAGGUUACCUACUAAUAGAAUAAUUAGUCGGUUAUCUCCAUUUUAUGCUGUGCCACCUGAGAUAAAGGUUCUGUUCCGAGGUUGUGGAGUACUGAAGGCAGCUAGUGAUGUGCUGCCAUAUGCAGGAAGUGGGGUAUCUAUCGGCAUGGUAAUUAUAAAACCUUGGAAAUCUGAAGACUGUAUUUUGAGGAAGUGUGAUUACUAUAUGCUUCUUUUGCUGGUUUUCAAGAGUAUAUCUACGACUGUUCACCUUGGAGAUUGUGAUUUCAGUAUGCUGCUUCUCAAGAAAGUUUGCGAAAAUUGCAUGACUCUUUCAGCUUCAAGAAUUAGCAUUUCACUAACAAAUGCUUGAUAGUCCUUGAACCUAAAUUUUGGAGCCAAGUUGCUAACUCUCAUCAGCAUCAGUUGGUUCUUGGCUUGCCGCUGUGAUUGAUCCAUAUCAAGUAAACCAGUGUCAGCCAGACAUGACAAAGGUUUCUGGCUGGCUGCAAGAAUGCUUCUGAAGUUUAUUAUAGAACGGAAAUAUUGUACUCAAUAUCUCUGUGCACAUUGGGAGUCUUUCCUCCUACUGUUAACGUACUAAGAUGGCUAAUGAUGUUUGUGCCGGUCAGUUCAUGAACUGAACGUUAGUUUAAUUUAGCAUCCGUUGUUAUUCUAUUA